UCCAAAUCUUCCAAUCAAUCAACAUGUUUCCUGUACCGCACUCAACGUUGCUGAUGACCGACGAGAGUCUGCUCUCCAAAAUGAAGACAGUCAAGCAAAGCCUGGAAGCGCUACGUACUGAGCUGCAAUCUAUCCGAUACGGCAUCUCCAGUACAGAUCCCAUCUCCAAUCCGGAGAAGGAAGAAGUCAUCAAUCGAAAUGCGCAGAACAUCGAACUAGGAUUGGGAGAAGCUCAGCUGUUGGUCGCCUUAUUAUCUCACCUGAAAAGCAUCGACGUUGAACGGCAAACGCUUCGCAUACAAGUCAAAGGACUUUGUCAGGAAACCUCCUGGCUACGGGAUGAAGUAAAAGACAGUCAGCAGCAACUGCUGGAAGCUCAACUUAAAAUAGUCCAGCUCGAAGAGGAAAAGAGACAGAUGGAAUUCGCAGCAUCGAUCAAGAAAUACGACGACUUUUUGGAAGGUGUAGAAUUCGACGAGAAGUUCGGUGAUGAUCCAGCAUUUGACCUAUUCCCCGAAGAUGAAAUUGCAGAAAGACGACUUAGCAAGUCGACACCAACACCGUCCCAGCAUUAUCCCGAUUAUGAAGUGUCUCCACGUCUAAAGACUAUUCAAAACUUGGCAUUAAGCUACGCCUCAAAGGGGAGAUAUGAAGUCGCAGUACCGUUGUGUAAGCAAGCCCUAGAAGAUCUUGAACGUGAGAAUGGCCGUGAACAUCCAGAUGUGGCAACAAUGUUAAGCAUCCUGACCAUGGUCUACCGAGAUCAGAAUAACCUACCAGAAGCCAUCAAACAUAUGAAUGAAGCCUUGGGCAUAUGGGUUCGCUGUUUGGGUGAGUGUCAUCCAUCGGUGGCAGCGGCUUUAAAUAAUUUGGCCGUUUUGUAUGGAAAGAACGGUAACUACAAGGAAGCGGAAUCUUUAUGCAAGAGAGCUUUGGCUAAUCGUGAAAACGUUCUUGGCCGAUAUCAUCCCGAUGUGGCAAAACAGUUGAACAACCUCGCAUUAUUAUGCCAAAAUCAAGGAAAGCACGGUGAGGUGGAACUGUACAUUCGAAGAGCGUUGGAAAUUUUCGAAUCACAGCUAGGUGCUAACGAUCCCAAUGCCAUCAAAACCAAGUGUAAUCUAGCUGCAUGCUGUUUGAAACUCCGUAAGUACAAAGAAGCUGACCAGUUGUUAAGAGACGUGUUGGUCAAAACGCAGGAUAAGGAAUUCGAUGAGACACAGAAUGGUGACAGUGAAUCAAUUAACGUCGAUAACACUUCUUACGGUAAAAGUGGAGCAUGGCACGAAACAGCAGUGGUUCACUCUCCAACGGUCAAAAGUAUACUAAAGCAUAUGGCCUCGUUGCAUCAAAGAUUGGGCAACUUUGACGUGGCAUCCAAGCUGAAACACGGUCAGUUCCGGAGCAAACAGGAGAUUUUGGAUAUUGUGGAUGGAAUUUGAUAUGCAAAUACUGAUUUAAUCCUGUAAAUAAGUUAACAAAUAAUAAAAAAAUGUGAAUGGUAAA